UUCAGAGCGCCUCUGCAGCGCAUUCCGCUAUGUGCGCUCAAAGGAUGCGCAUCCGGUUCUCCUAACGCACUCUCUCCAAACGCACGGGUCUCCCCCUACCAUGGAUGGCACCAAUAACACCACAACCUGGUCUUACUUUGAAAACUUAACCGAACCCCCUAAAGUUGACGAUGAGGAGGUGAAGCUGAGUUACCAGGUGGUCACCUCCUUCAUGCUCGGAGCGCUCAUCCUGUGCGCAAUCUUCGGGAACGCCUGCGUCGUAGCCGCCAUCGCGCUGGAGCGCUCCCUGCAGAAUGUGGCCAACUACCUGAUCGGCUCUCUGGCCGUUACCGACCUGAUGGUGUCGGUGCUGGUGCUGCCCAUGGCGGCUCUCUACCAGGUCCUGAACCGCUGGACGCUGGGGCCGAUUCCCUGCGACAUCUUCAUCUCCCUGGACAUGGUGUGCUGCACCUCGUCCAUCCUGCACCUGUGCGCCAUCGCGCUGGACAGAUAUUGGGCGAUCACCGAGCCCAUUGAAUACAUGAAGAAGAGGACGCCGAGGAGAGCAGCGGUUCUUAUCAGCGUCACAUGGCUGGUCGGGUUCUCCAUCUCUGUGCCGCCGAUGCUGGUGAUGCGCUCCCAGCCGAACAGCGAAGCGGACGAACAGCCCAACCAGAUGGAGUGCAAGAUCAGGCAGGACCCCUGGUACACGAUAUACUCCACCUUCGGGGCUUUUUACAUCCCGCUCAUGUUAAUGUUGGUGCUGUACGGGCGGAUUUUCAAAGCGGCGCGGUUCCGGAUCAGGAGGACUGUGCGUAAAACCGAGAAAAAGAAGGUCUCCGACUCGUGCCUGGCGCUGUCCCCGGCGCUCUUCCACAAGAAGCCCCACGGAGCCGCGCAGGGUAAGAGCUGGAAAAGGAGCGUGGAGCCGCGGCCGCUGCCCACCGUCAACGGCGCGGUGAAGCACGCAGAGGACGGCGAGUCUCUGGAGAUCAUCGAGGUGCACAGCAGCUCCAGGGGCCACCUGCCUCUGCCAAACACCCCGAACUCCGCGCCGGUGUUCGAGAGCCGACACGAAAAGGCGACCGAAGCCAAGCGCAAGAUCGCGCUGGCGCGGGAGCGCAAGACGGUGAAGACCCUGGGCAUCAUCAUGGGGACCUUCAUCCUCUGCUGGCUGCCCUUCUUCAUCGUGGCUCUGGUGAUGCCUUUCUGCCGGGACUCCUGCUACAUGCCCGGCUGGCUGGAGGCCGUUAUAAACUGGCUGGGUUACUCCAACUCCCUGCUCAACCCAAUCAUCUACGCGUACUUUAACAAAGACUUUCAGAGCGCCUUCAAGAAAAUUAUCAAGUGUCAUUUCUGCAAACCCUGACGGAUCCACAUUUUCUCUCUCUCUAUAUUUUUUUCUUGUCUAAAACCGGGUCUGGAAGCGUCCAUGAUACUUUCCCCUCAAGCCAGAAACCUUCAGAAAUGAUCCCGACAGCGACUCAGACAGGGCUGCUUAUUAAGUCAUACUGAUGAUCAUCGUUAAAUAUCCAGACAUGUCUGUAGCCUAUGCAUAGAUAAAGCUGUGAUCGUUUGAUGGAGGCUUAUGUUCUUGUGAAA